AUGCAUCAUGCACGACUUUGGCAUACAGAAACAGUGCUAGAAAAUGGAAAAGUAUUAGUUACUGGUGGAAUAAAUAAUGAUACUUAUUUGAACAGUGCUGAAUUGCAUGAUCCAUUGACAGGCACAUGGACAAUAACUAACAGUAUGAUUAAUAGUAGACAUUGGCAUACAGCUUCGGUAUUAUUGAAUGGAAAAGUUUUAGUUAGUGAAGGAACUGAUAUUUAUUCAAGUAAUACUGAAUUGUAUGAUCCAUCAAUAGGAAUUUGGACAGAAACUGAUAAUCUGAAUGUUGUACGAGAGCAUCAUACAGCAUCAGAAUUAUUAGAUGGAAAAGUAUUAGUUACUGGAGGAACUGCUAUUUAUUUAAGUAGUCCUCAAUUGUAUACUGAAGGAAUAGCAAUUCAGAUGAAAACUGUUAGUGAAAAUGAUACACAAAUAAGAACACGGGCUAUAACUGGUAGCAUGAAUAUUGGUCGAUAUGCACAUUCAGCAUUUUUAUUAACAAACGGAAAAGUGCUAAUUGCUGGAGGAAUUCAUAGUGGUACUAUUUUGAAUAGUGCUGAACUUUAUGAUCCAUCUACAGAAACAUGGAAAACAACUAGUAAUAUGCAUAAUGAACGAUAUGAUCAUAAAGCAUCCGUGUUAAGAAAUGGAAAAGUUUUAGUCACUGGUGGAGAAAUCGAUAAAAAUUUAUACAAUGCUAAAUUGUAUGAUCUAUCAACUAGAAUCUGGGCACAAACUGAUAAAAUGAACAAUGGACGACUUUUGGCAUACAGCAUCUGUAUUAAAAAAUGA